CUUGAAGCAGCGUCACAUCACGUCGCGUCAAGGUAACCGGCAUGAUCGUCAAAAGUUUGGCCGUGCGUGGCCGUGGUGGGCAAGUCGUACUCAUUGUGACGCCGUGUCAACUCAGAGCAGAGCACCAUCAAUUCCACUUGCUGUGAACGUCUUACAGCGUUGAACGUAUGGAUCUUGAAGCCAAUCUCCCUCAACCAGUAUUGCAACCAUGACAGACAUAUCUCCAACACUGUCUUCACUUCUAGUUGAGAAGCACUCCGCCAAAUCAGUGAUUGGCCGCACAAGAGAUCCUACCGCGAACCUCGACUCUUUCUUGAGAGAGGCAUAUCAGAUAAACCGAUCCAUUUCCUCGUUACUUAGCUACCUCCGGGGAAUACGCACUCCGUAUCUUUCCACCGCACCACCACCCCGUCAUUCAAGAAGAGCUGAACCCGCCACUCCUGCGCAGGAGGGAAUCAUUCCCGAACACCUGAGCGACUCUCAGCGCGAAGCGAUCGACUCCGAGACAUCCUCCAUCCUCCGAGACAUUAACAGCAAGAUAUCUAACCUCUCCUCAGCAGUAAAUCUGCAGCAUGACACUGCGACCAAGGUUUUGGAGAAGAAAUAUGGUCGUCCGAGCGGGCUUCUCUGGCGCUGGGCUGCUGGAGACGGCGACGCUCCGGACGCGGGAAAAUCCCAAGCACAAUUAGACGAGGAAGGAAGGGUGCGCACGACGAAGAUGUUCCGUGACGGAGUGCUUUGGUACCUGGGUAAGAGGCUGAAAGAUGCCAUCACGGCACAGCAAGAGAUGGUCGAGAAACGUCUUGACCGCGAACGGCAGAAACAGAUGAGCGUGCUUUACGACCCGAGGAACAAGGGUGUACGGGCAAGUCGAGAGAUUACGUCCAUGCCUACUGGGCGAGAAGCAUAUGGUAAUCAAGAUCUACGAGCGCACGACCAAUACAAGCCUUGGAACGACCCAUCUCAAGGCGGAGAGCCGGAAUUGUCGGCGGAACAACUACAACUGUUCGAAGAGGAGAAUAAGGGCAUGUUUGAGCAUUUCAAUGAACAGAUGGCCAAAGUCACACAGGUCGAGAAGAGUCUGAUGGAAAUCAGCAGUCUCCAGCAGACGCUGGUGGGGCAUCUGAGUGUGCAAGGGGAGAUGAUUGGGAACCUUGUGACGGACGCGGCGAAUACGGAUGUGAAUGUACGAAAGGGCAAUCGAGAGUUGAAGAAGGCGAGUGAAAGGGGGAGUACGGCAAGGUUGGUGUUUUAUGCGACGGCGGGAUUUUGCUCGUUCUUGGUGGUUUGGGAUUUGAUAUUCUGAGGGAUGCGAGGCUCAGUCUGAGUUCUGGGGGGAAGCAUCAUGCCAACCAGGUCAGAUGUAUGUCUUUGCAAGCAGCAGGGGCAGCGACAUGGGUAUAACUAUGUCUACUCUGGUAUCCCGCGGUCACCAUUCGAAUUGCUUUUGCCCCGGAUGCUCCAUGCUCCAUGCUGCUCCUCUUGCCCCGGUCUUGCCCGAUGGACGCCUCCAACAGCAGAUGGUGGAGCCCCUCGAUUUGAAGAGAGGCGCAUGGGGGAAUUCGAUCUUUUGAAUGGGAACAGAUUCGAGGCUCGCUUUGUAGAAGUGAUGAAGUGAAUCCUGUGAGACGGGAUCAAGGCUGUGUUCCGAGGCUGCACAGUCUGUAUGAAGC